AGUUUCCAUUUCUGUGAACACAAAAGCAUCAAAUUAAGCAAUCUUCUCAAUAACCCAAGGUGACAAAGCAAUUAACUCAAGCCAUGGAGGUUGUUGGCACUUGUGGAAAAGGAACUCUUUUUUCUGGAGAGACUUCAAACAAACCUAGUAUUACAUCAAUUUAUGAUGAUGUAGUUGUCGGCUUUGAGAAACAUGCAGAAAUUAUAAUGAAGAAAUUGAUACGAGGAACUAAGAAGCGGGAUGUUAUCUCCAUCUAUGGGAUGCCCGGACUAGGUAAAACAACUUUGGCAAAAAAUGUAUACAACAAUCCCUCUAUUGUUAAUUACUUUGAUGUUAAAUCAUGGUGUUCUGUGUCGCAAGCAUAUGAUAGGAGGACGUUAUUGGUUGAGAUUUUCAAACAAGCUACAAAUGAUAAGAUCAAAAUCAAAGAGGACGAUGAUGUAGCUGACAUGUUGCGCAAGGUUCUAAUAGGCAAGAGAUACCUUAUCGUAUUAGAUGACAUUUGGGAUGUCAAGGCAUGGGAAGAUUUGGGAAUAUGUUUCCCUCAAGGUGAAUGUGGAAGCAGAGUAAUGGUCACAACACGAAUUGAAGAAGUGACUAAGCAUCUUCCGCACCACAGUGAUCCUUAUUCUCUUAGCUUUCUAACGUCCGAAGAGAGUUGGGAAUUAUUGGAGAAGAAGGUAUUUCGAGGAGAGAGUUGUCCCCCGGAUCUACUGGAAGCAGGGUUACAAGUUGCCCUACACUGUAAGGGAUUGCCUCUUGUGGUUGUCUUGAUUGCUGGAAUUAUAGCAAAAAGGGAAAGGGAGGCGUCCUUGUGGCUCGAGGGUGCAGAAGACUUGAGUUCCCUUGCUUUAGGAGAGCAGAGUAUGAAGGUGAUACAAUCAAGUUAUGACCAUUUAGAAGAUCACUUAAAGCCUUGCCUUCUUUACAUGGCAUUGUUUCCAGAAGACCAUAAGAUCCCAGUGGACCAUCUGCUGAAGUUGUGGAUGGCUGAAGAGUUUGUAUUGAAUGCCGGAACAGAGAACAUGGAGAAAGCAUGUCGAGUCUGCAUGACUGAUUUGCUUAACAGAAGCCUAAUAAUGGUCUCCGGAAUGAGAUUUUAUCGUGAUGUACAAUACUGCUCACUUCAUGAUGUAGUGCGUGAGUUCUGCUUGAGAAAACUCACAGAAGACAAGUAUAUGCAGCUCGCAGUGCCAUUCAAUCCGUAUCAACAUUUGCAUUCCACGGAAUCACGAUUGUGCAUUUAUAUUCAUGAUGAUCUUGUUAAACAAUUAGAUCAUUCCAACUACCAGCUGGAUAAGAUUCCAAUGCUCGAUUUCAAGGAAACAAAUUCUUUGGAGUUCAUUGCUCAUCCAAAACUCAAUACGUGGAAUAACCAAUAUUCAAAUCCUUUCGAUUUACUUGUUAAAUUAAGAUUUGUUCGGGCAUUGGAUUUGAUGGAUGUGGAAUUAUCAGAUUCAUGGGCUACUGCAAUUCAAUCGCUAACUGAGUUAAGAUACCUUGCACUUUGUGUCAAACAAUUUGAAUUGAAGUGGAUAUCACACAUACACAAUCUCCAAACUCUUCAGGUCAAGUCAAGUGAGAAGUUACGCCUAAGGGCAGCUACUUUAUCAGAAAUGACGAGCCUAAGGCAUGUGAAAAUAGACUGUUUUUUCAUGGUAUGGGAAAACAAUGAGCAAGAAAGUUCUUCAACCACUAUGCUAGAGAACAUGAAGAGUUUUGGCACUUGCGAUAUACGCUUGGAUAAUAUGAAUGCAAGGUUCUGGUGGAGGUUUCCGAAUCUUGAAGAACUCGGCCUCAGCGUUAAAGAUGUACCUGAGUUUCCUUUGUUUCCCAUAGCGGAAGUUCAUAGUCACCUUCAUUUUCUUUCUCUGGAAUUCUCUUUGAUGGAAUUAUUUAAUUCAGUUGGAUGGGAGAGAUAUUUUGUGUUCCCUUCAAAUCUUAGGCAUUUGGACCUUGCCGGCUGUUUUUUGACGGAAGAAAUGGUUUUAAACAUUGCAAGAUUGAAGAAGCUUGAGAGUCUCAAAUUACUUGUGGGAUUACCUUUUGGGAGAUCAGAGAGCUAUUGCUGGGAUGUGACAGAUGUGGAGUUUGCUGCACUCAAAUACUUGGGAUUAUUCUUUAUGCAGAUAGAAGAAUGGAAAGCUUCAGAGGAAUCCUUUCCUGUGCUUGAGAAGCUAGUUAUAAGUGGAUGUUCCGAUUUCAAGGAGAUCCCCCCAAGCUUUGCAGAUAUUCCAACACUAAGACGUAUUGAACUGACUAACUGCAUCGACUCUUUAGGGGUUUCAGCUAUGAAUAUCAGAAGAGAAAUUGAAGAAAACACAGGAUGUGACAGUCUCCAAGUUGUUAUAGAAAAGUAAAUUAAUGUAUUUAAAAGCACUUCAUUGCUGCUCUAUUUCCACUUCUUAAUUCUACUUCUAUAUUGUCGCAUUGUUA